CUAGGUUUUAUACACUCCUUUUCUGCCCCCUCCUCCACUCUCUCUCUCUCUCUGACAGAGAGGUUUACUCUAGGGUUUCUGCCGCUGCAGCCAUGGCGAACUAUGAUCUCACUCGAAUAAUCGCCCCUCACCUCGACCGUCAUCUUGUCUUCCCUCUGUUGGAAUUUCUGCAGGAGCGUCAGCUUUACCCUGAUGACGAGAUCCUGAAAGCAAAGAUCGAGCUUCUUAACAAGACUAAUAUGGUCGAUUACGCUAUGGACAUUCACAAGAGCCUCUACCAUACUGAAGAGGUUCCUCAAGAUAUGGUUGAUAGGCGUGUCGAGGUUUUUGAGAGAUUGAAAUCUCCGGAAGCCGCACCACUAAUUUCGUUUCUGCAAAACCCUAACUUGGUUCAGGAACUCCGCCAUGAUAAACAGUACAAUCUCCAGAUGCUGAAUGAUCGAUUCCAGAUUGGUCCAGACCAGAUAGAAGCUUUAUAUCAAUAUGCCAAAUUUCAGUUUGAAUGUGGCAAUUACUCUGGUGCCGCUGACUAUCUAUAUCAGUACCGAGCUUUGUGCACAAACACCGACAGGAGUUUGAGUGCAUUAUGGGGAAAGCUAGCAGCAGAGAUAUUGAUGCAAAACUGGGAUAUUGCUCUUGAAGAGCUUAAUCGAUUGAGAGAAAUAAUUGACUCAAAGAAUUUUACAUCACCAUUGAAUCAGUUGCAAAGUAGAAUAUGGUUAAUGCAUUGGAGCCUUUUCAUAUUUUUCAACCAUGAUAGUGGCAAAAAUGGUCUCAUUGAUCUAUUUUUCUAUGACAGGUACAUAAAUGCCAUUCAGACAAAUGCCCCUCAUCUUUUACGUUAUUUGGCCACUGCCUUUAUUGUUAACAAAAGAAGGCGACCUCAGCUGAAAGAAUUUAUCAAAGUCAUCCAGCAAGAGCAGUAUUCUUACAAAGAUCCCAUCACAGAAUUUUUAGAAUGUUUGUAUGUGCACUAUGAUUUUGAUGGUGCUCAAAAGAAGUUACGAGAGUGUGAGGAUGUGAUAUUGAAUGAUCCCUUCCUCGGAAAACGAGUUGAAGAAGGAAACUUCUCUACAGUCCCAUUGAGGGAUGAGUUCCUUGAAAAUGCACGCUUGUUUAUCUUUGAGACAUAUUGCAGAAUACAUCAGUGCAUUGAUAUGGGGAUGCUUGCUGAGAAGUUGAAUUUGAAUUAUGAUGAAGCUGAGAGAUGGAUUGUGAAUCUUGUACGGAAUGCAAAGCUCGAUGCUAAGAUUGAUUCCAAAUCUGGGACUGUUGUCAUGGAACCCAACCAUCUCAAUGUGUACGAACAAAUCAUAGAGAACACCAAGUCACUCUCGAUGCGUACAUACAAAUUGGCAAAUCAGGUUCUUGAAGCUGCAGACUCGGGCUCGAUAAGGAGUCGGGGUGGUGCUGUUGCUUGAAAGUUAUCCCUUUCCAUUUUAGGCAAUUUUUUCUUUGGCCGUUGUCGGUUGAGUGUGCUAGUAGAAAUUUUUGUCAACCGAAAUGUAUUCCUUUUAUUGGUAGAAGAAAUUUUUAUAGUUAACAUCCAUUUGAUUAAGCUCUGUAGACACAUACGCAGAAUAUUUGAGACUUUGAGCCCCGUAAUGUUUCCCAUCUUCAUUUUACCAUUGCCA